AUGGCCCGUAUAUCGGGAAAGAGCGAGAAUCCCACCACCCAUCUCAAUCCGUGGAGUCAGGCGCUCCCGUCCCGAUUGCUAUUUGCAGCAUGGGAAUGCGCCCUACCAGGCGGAAUCCGCGACGAAGAGACCCUGUAUGACUUCCUCAUCGACGGCAAAGAUGCCCGCUCCGUGAUCCCUCCCGAUCGAUACAACAUCGACGCCUAUUUUAGCCCCCAUGACAAGCCCGGCACCGUGUCCACGAAGCAUGGCUACUUCCUCGACGUCGACUUGGGGAACCCUACAGUGAGAAGCGCGAUGGAGGCGGGCUCCGCCCGGCUGAUUACGGAGCAGGACUUCCUCGACACUCUGCAAUUAACCAUAGCUCGGUCGUCGGCCCGCCUACCACACGAUGGCAGGCCAGCAGGCACCGCCGCGGGACUAGGACAGGUGUUCCACAACCCCAGCCAGGUAUCCCAAGUGAUGGAGUCCCAACUGCCCAUCACGCACCCGGACAACCACAACAUCUGGAAGCGCGACCCGCGGAUGCCCAUCUACCACAACAUCGAGACAGUCGCCGUGCAGGGCGAAGCGGACUUCCUGGUGCACAGGCCAGAGGACGGCUCGGAGUCGUUGGGUUUGGGCAUGUCGCUCACCGAAGUCGGGGUGGAUUCGCUGGUGGCCAUCGAGCUGCGCAACUGGUGGAAACAGAACCUCGCGGUGAAGGUGUCGGCGUUGGAGUUGAAGAGUGGGGGUAGUAUGUUGGAGUUGGGGGAGUUGGCGGCGAGGAGGCUGCGGGAGAAGGUGUUGGGCAAUAGGCAAAGAUAA